CUUGCUCUGACAACCUCGUUUUCCUCUCUCUCUCUCUCUCUCUCUCUCUCUCUCUAUUUCUAACCCUAAAUUUAAUUUCCUCUCUAUUGCAACCCUUCCAUGGAGGCUGCCGGUUCGUCUUCUUCUCAAAAUGGGUACCAACCCCAUGUUCUUGCUGUUGAUGAUAAUCUCGUUGAUCGUAAACUCGUUGAGAAAUUGCUCAAAAACUCCUCUUUUAAAGUGACAACAGCAGAAAAUGGUCGCAGUGCUCUGGAGUUUCUGGGUUUGUUGGAUGAACACGAACAUGAACACAACAACAUAGAAUGCGUUGGUAGGUCGAAGGUGAACAUGAUCAUCACGGAUUACUGCAUGCCCGGAAUGUCCGGAUACGAACUUCUCAAGAAAAUCAAGAGAUGUUCGAGGAUGAAGGAAGUUCCUGUAGUGGUGGUGUCAUCAGAGAAUGUGCCCACUCGCAUCAACAAGUGUUUGGAGGAAGGAGCAGAGAUGUUCAUGCUCAAACCUUUGAAGCAAUCUGAUGUGGUGAAGCUCAAGUGCCANUGAACCGUUUUUUUUUUUUUUUUUUUUUUUUUUUUUUUUUA